AUGGCUGUCGGACUCAUACUUGCGGCAUUGGUCGCUGGUGCCUACUGUACUCCCGCGCUUGCUCCUAGGAUACCCUUUGGAGAAGCAGACAUGGCUCAGCUGGCGCGAGACACACCCGCAGCCAAGUACAACACCCGCCGUAUCUUGAGCGUCAUUGAGCAUCGCAACGCUCCUUACAUGGAGGUACCAAUGUCCGAGUUGAAAGGCCUUGGCGAUUCUUUCAAAAAGGACUGGGAUGAGAUCGCCAUUACUCAUUUGGGCGACUACAAUAGGGCCUUUAUCUUACGCUCGCAAAUGGUCCCCGGCUCUGCAAAGUUUAAAGUCCACAUCAAUCCGAACAUUGAGAAAGAAGUCAUUAGUGGACAUGGGCCUACGACGUACACCGUUACCAGUUCCACGGCUAAAAUCGACACUGAUCGAGAAGGAUGGAAUACAGACACCAACUCGGAAGUUGGUGGCUCGGUUACUGCUGAUGUCCAUUUCAAUGGCUUAUUUGUUUCGGGCGGUGUUUCGGCCACUGUCACUGGCAACCACAGAUGGGGUGAAGGGAAGAAUGGGGAGAAAAGCAAGCAAACCGAGUUUCGAACUGACGAGGAAAUGCGUCAAGAGUGUCCGCCUCGUCACUUUUGCUCCGUCCAGACCUGGACUUAUACGGUCGAAGUAUCUGGUCAAUGGCAGGCAGUGCCCGUUUUCCAGGUUGACAGUUCUCCGGCUCCCAACUUUGCAAAUCUCGCACUCCCAAAGGCCGACUACUGCCUUGCCGCUUGCAACCCUUACUAUGAGAAUUGUCAAGAUAUGUGGAAACUCGCAGGAUACUUUUACGAGCUCGGCGAAGUGGAAGACACUCCCAGAUACAAUUACGAGGCCCUGCACCAGCAAUAUGAAGACGAUCCUCAGGCAACCAUACAGACCCUGUUCCCGAUAGCUGCCGAAAAGCAAGGAGACACCUACAUGCCUGCAGACGGCAUCAUCUAUGGAGAAAAGCUGCCACAUGUUGAGCGCAAGUUAUCCUAUACCUUGCGGAAGGCAAAUGGAGAGCCAUACAGGACUGUGGUUGUCGUGAGCGAGCCACUCGAAAAAGAAGAGGAUUCCGAAGCACCAGAGGAUCCCGAGGCAACAGAAGAUUCUGAUGAAUCGGACGAUGGCAAGGUAGCGCCUCCGCGGGCCCUCGAAUGGGUUGUUGGCAGAAAUGGGGUCGGCAUGUGCAAACUGGACGAGGGAUGGUGGUGCAGCAAGGAGUGGCGUUUCUACGACCCUGAGAAUGGUUGGUUCACUGCGGAUGCGAAGGACUGGGACCAGCCAGAGGAUCUCGACAAGAACUGUCCCCAAAUCAGGGCGCCUCCGCCUGCUGAACGAGACAUCCCCGAGUCGGACUGGAAGAAGCUUCCAGACUCGACUGAGCCCGAGAUUGCCCACCAUGUGGAAAUGGGAUGGGCACCAACAAGCCGCCGAAAUGUGCCUGUGGUUCCUGACUUGAAGGCUGGGGAAUGGAAGAGGUCAUUUAACCAGACAAACAGUACUCAAGCCGCGAAAGUCGAGGUUGUUGUCCUCCAAGACGAGCUUUCGGAACUUGUUGCGGAUCUUGAGAAUGGCACGAUUUAA